UUCACUUUUUAAAAUUAAUAUCGAUUAUGUUGAAAAGUGAUCACCGUCUGUUUAUUUUGACUCUGGAGUGUAUAGAUCGAACGAGAACUCUUCAAAAAUGGAAUCGCAAAGUAUCCAAGUUUCUGAACAUCCAGAGACCAAAGGAUUCGAUCUCUCGGCUGGAAAUACUUGGAUAUAUCCGGAAAAUUAUCCAAUCCGCCAAUACCAGUAUAACAUAGUUAAAUCUGCCUUAUAUCGAAAUACUAUGGUCUGUUUACCCACUGGUUUGGGAAAGACUUUUAUUGCUGCCGUUGUGAUGUAUAAUUUCUGGAGGUGGUAUCCAUCUGGAAAGAUUGUAUUUCUAGCACCUACAAAACCUCUGGUUGCUCAGCAGAUUAAAGCAUGCUAUGAAGUAAUGGGGAUUCCAAGCAUCGAUAUGAUGGAGUUGACAGGUGCAGUAAUUCAGAAGAAUCGUGAAAUAGCUUGGCUCAAGAAAAGAAUAAUAUUUGCUACUCCUCAAGUGUUUCAUAAUGAUCUUGAAAGAUCAAUCAUACCAAGUCAUCUAAUUAAGUGUGUUAUUGUGGAUGAAGCUCAUAAGGCUUUGGGCAAGCAUUCAUAUUGUGAGUGUAUCAGAAUAUUAUCUACGCAGAAUCAACACUUCAGGAUAUUAGCACUUUCUGCUACGCCUGGAAAUAAAAUAGAUAAUGUUCAUGAAGUAAUACAAAAUUUAAAUAUCUCCCAUUUGGAAUUGAGAGAUGAAAACUCAAUUGAUAUAAUACCAUAUAUUAAUAAAAGAAAAGUAGAUAUUAUUUUGGUACCUCUUAGCAAUGAAUUAGCUGCAUUCAAAGAGAGGUAUAUUACUAUUAUGGAUCGUCACGUAAAAUUUCUUAUGCAAAGUAAUGUAUUGCGAGGUCAUACAGCAAACAUAUCUAAAGGAAGGAUAUUCUAUUUGUUGAGGGAAUUUAAAACAAAGACAAAUAAAUCCGGAAAUUAUGCACAAAUUAUGAAAACAUUGAAUAUAUUGUUAACUAUGUAUCAUGCUUAUGACCUUAUGAUUAGACAUGGAUUGCGUGCCUUUUACAAAUUUUAUGAAGUUCAUUCUGAUAAGUUUUGGAUGCACAAUGAAGACCAUUUACGAAAUUUACUCCAUGACAUAGAAACUUAUCUUGGACCAUUUCCGGAAUUGUAUCCUAAUGGGGACAUAUCUGAGAUAUCAACAACUAUUGUAUUUGGACACAAUAAAUUUUACAAACUGAAAGAGUUGCUUGAACAUCAUUUCAAUGGUGAUCGAAAGGACACGAGAGCUAUAGUUUUCGUCGAAUACAGAGACAUAGUCAAUGAGGUGUACAUUUUGCUUUUGCAAUUAAAACCAAUAAUUAGACCACAAAUGUUUGUUGGGCAAGCUAGUCAGAAGCAAAAGCAACAAAUAAAAGCGUUGGAAGAUUUUCGAAGCAAUCGUGUGAAUGUGUUGAUUUCUACAAGUAUAGGUGAAGAAGGAUUAGAUGUAGGGGAAGUAGAUCUUAUAAUAUGUUUUGAUGUAUCACAACAUUCUCCAAUAAGAUUGGUUCAAAGAAUGGGCAGAACCGGACGUAAACGGGAUGGUCAUAUAAUUGUUCUUGUUACAAACGGGAAAGAACACGAGAAUUUGAAGUCUACGCUUUCUAGAAGGGAUUCUUUGAAUAAUAAAAUAUUACAUACAAGCAACAUAUUUUCCUCCUUAUACAAUAAUAAUCCUAGAAUGAUACCAAAUCAGUUUACUCCAGAAUGCCAUAAGAUGCAUAUUAUAGCAUUACCAAAAACGCCAAAUGUAAAAGAAAAAAGAAGGAAAAAAAAUGUCAAUAAAAGGAAGGAGGCAUUUAGCGUGAAACAGAAAGAAAACUCAUCUAAAAAAGGAAAUUUAAGUCAGUCGUCGAUGAUGAGAUUUGUUACUGAUAAAUGUAAUGAACAAAACCGGGAUAAGACAUGUAACAUUCUCACUCAGUUAACAAUGCAAAAUAAUAAUAAUAAGAUAAAUCCUAAUAAUGUCAAACUGUUAACUGAUGACAAUGCGGGGAUCGAUUUCCUGACAUUGUACACUGUAAGGAAAUCGGAGGAAGAAAUGUCUUCUGAAACCGUGAAACCUAAAAUGGAUACGACUUAUAUUCCCGCACCAAAACCAAUUGAAGAUUUAUUCAGUUUUGUAGUUAAAAAUGAAAAUGAGAUUAUUCAAUGCAAUGAUUAUAUUAAUAACGAUAAUAGUAACUUUUGGUGCACUAUCCGAAAUGAGGGGAAUGUUCAUAGCAAUGAAAUAAGAUUUGAAGAUAUACUUGAUGAUAGUUCCGAUACAAAUGAAACAGUAGUUUCGUGUAUAAACCAACGAAUUACAGAUAUAGAGAUAAAUUCAAAUAAUAUAUCUACAUCUGAAACAAAAAAGGACAAUGAAAUUCUAACCCACAUAAGAACUGAAUUAUCAACUAAUGCACUAGAAGACCAGGAAUCUACGAUAUUUGAGAACAUAUUGAAUGAAUCAUUUAGUUCUGUCGAAAAAAAUUUAGAAGAAGAGGAUGUAUUUGAGAACAUACUAAAUAAAUCAUUUAGUUCAGUAGAAAACAAUUUAGAAAAUAAGGAUAAUACAGCAUUGCAAAAUACGGAAUCAAAUCUUUCCAACAUUUUUAUUAAAAAUGCAGGAGAAAUCAAUGUAUCGAAUGAGGCUAACGUUAAUACUUUUCAUGAGGAAGAUAAUGUUAGAACUAAUCUAUCAUCAUCUAUGAAACCUUCUAAAUCGGACAAAUACGCAAAUCUUAUUGAUGAAAUACAAGAUGUUGAUUUUAAUAGUGAUGUUGAUAUAAGCGAUUUUAUUAAAUGUGAUUCUAAUAAAAAUAAGUCGAUACGCAAUUUCAAAGCAGAAGAGAGCUUGUUAUCUAUAACUCAAGCUAUUGGCGAAAUAGCACGAGUAAAAAAAAAUUUAGCAACAUCAAGGAAAUCUUUUGUAAAUAAAGAAGAAUCGAUUAACAAAGAGAGUACUGGCUGGAUUUCAGUUAAUAUUAAAAAUGACAUCAAAGCUGAGAAAAACGACCCGAAUUCAAGGACAGGAAACAUUACAUUAGCCAAUACUCAUUGCAAUUCUGUUGUUGAAUUACGUACUGUUAAACAAGAUUUUGAUUUCCUAAAUGAUUCUGAUGAAGACUUCAUAAUUACAGAAGACAGUGCUAAGAAAUUUAAUGAGCUUGAAAGUUGUUACUUUCGCAAUUCGUCGAAAAAUUUAAAAGACGAUAUUAGAUACAUGCCUAGUACAUCAAAAAACUCAGUAAUUAGAAAUGGCUAUUUUGAUGAUACAUCGGAAACCUUGGAAACGAAAGAUGAUUAUUUUAAUAUCUCGAAUCUUAAACGAUGUAGCGCAUCAACACCAAAAAAUAAUAGACAUUCAAAACUAUCUUUGAAACGAAACAAAGUCCAGCAAAAUUCGAGUACGAUAAAUUUGAAUUUCUUUAAAGUGUCUGAUAAAUAUGUAAACAAUACAACAGAAAAAAAAGUUUUUAAAUCUAGCCCUGAUACACCAAAGCAAAUCUCUCCUUUGAAUAAAAAAAUCGCAAAGAAAAGCAAGUGUAAGCUCAAACGCAAAAACAAUGUCAAAAACGAGUUUAUAGAUGAUGAAGCUGAAGUAGACUCUGAUGUCAGUUCGGAUGAGAUCGUUAGUAUAGAUGACGAGGAUUUUGGAGAUUUCGUGAGCUAUACACAGUUCUCACAGGAACAAGUCGACAUGCACGCAUAUUAUCUACAAACUGUUAAGAGUCCGGUAAAGAAACCAGGCGCUUUUCAUUUUAGAAAACCACGAUCACCUGAUCCGAAUAUAGUAGAGAUCUAUUCGCAACUUUCGCCACAGAUUCAAAACUCAUAUGUUUAUGAUUCAUUUUGCGUUGCGGAAGACGUAGAACCAAGCAUACUCGUCCAUGACGAUUUGUUAUUAGAGAGAAUGGAAAAGAAAUUGGAACAAAAUAAACGAAAACAUCUCUGUUCUAACAAGAAUGCAAAACGUACUAAAAAGAAAAAGAUGAAUAUUUUAAAUUGCUCUGUGAGCAGCGAAGAUGAGCUCGAACAGCUGCGUAUACAAGUGCAAGAAGACUGAUUAUAAAUGAACA